AACACAAAAAAAUCUCAAAAAUUCAACAGCAUCCAAAAAGUUGCACCUUCUUAACACCACAUUGUAAAUCAUUGGCGGUGGAAUGAAAACAAAAACAAACCCCUUCCCUUUUCAUUUCACAUAUAUAUAAAACCAUUUCUCUCAUAAUCAUCUUUCUUAAUAACCGUUUCUCUCUCUCUCGACUUCACCGGCGGCAAUAUCUCCGACCACCGCCUCACGGUUCCAGAUUCGGUCCGCUUUUGAUUCGACGCCAGAUUUAUCCGUUGAGGUAUUGAAAUACAAAUAAAGGCAACUUGAUAUUUUCAGUGCGGUACGAAUUUUGAAUUCUUCCACAAUGGGUGGAGGUGAAGAUCUUGUAAACAGUACAGAUAGUGCUGCCAAGAGUCCUGUAAACCACGCCACUGGUACUGCAGAAAAUCCUGUAACUAACAAAGGAGAUUCUUCUGAAAAUUCUGAAAACAACCAGGCGGCUGAUGCGGAAAAUCCUACAAAUGACCAACCAAAUAGCGCAGUAAAUCCUGUAAGCAACCAAGAAGUUGGUUCAGAAAAUCCUACUAAUGAGGAACCAAAGGAUGCACUGGAUCCUUUAAAUAACCAAGCAGUUGGGGCAGAAAAUCCUGUAAACGACCAAGCGCAUGUUGAAACUUCUAUAAAUGACAAAACAUGCGGUGCAGAAGACCUAGUAGGCGACCGAUCAAAUGACCACUUAAAUGUUGCAGAAAAUCCUUCGACCGACCAAGUAGGUGGUGCAGAAAAUCCCGUACACGGCCAAGAAGGUUCUUUAAAUGAUACAGCAGGUGGUACGGUAGAUAUCGUAAAUGAUAAAGCAGGUGGUGCAGAAACAGAAAUAAAUGACCAAUUAAAUGUUGCCAAAAGUAUCGCAGACGAUAAAGCACAUGCUGCAGAAAUUUCUACAAAUGAUAUCACAGGUGAUGAUGAAACAGAAAAUUCCAUGAACAGCAAAACAGGUGAUGUCAAAAUUCCAGUAAACAAUGAAGCUGAUGCUGUAGAAAAUCCUUUAGAUGACAAACAAGAUGCUACAAACAUUCUUGUAGAAGAGAAAGCAGAUGCCAUUGCAACCUCGUCAAACAGCAAAGAAGAUACUGUUGAAACACCUAACUCGUCAAACAGCAAAGAAGAUACUGUUGAAACACCUAACAGAGCAGAUCGCCUUCCAGAAGAAGCAAAGGAGAUACUUAUAUCGUUGGCAGGUAAAUGGGAGGAUGUACUAGAUGCAACUGCAUUGCAGGUGAUCCCUCUCAAGGGGGCAAUGACAAAUGAGGUAUUCCAAAUAAAGUGGCCAGCUACAAAUGGGGAAACCUCACGGAAGGUUGUAGUUAGAAUCUAUGGUGAGGGUGUGGAUAUUUUCUUUGAUAGGGGUGAUGAAAUACGGACAUUUGAAUACAUGUCGAAGAAUGGUCAAGGACCUCGUCUACUAGGACGUUUUACAAAUGGACGCGUUGAAGAGUUUAUCCAUGCACGGACAUUGUCAGCUCCUGAUCUACGGGAUCCUUUCAUUUCUGCUCUUAUAGCGGCCAAAUUGAAGGAGUUUCAUAAUCUAGAUAUGCCUGGUGAAAAGACAGUCAAUCUUUGGUGUACAUUGAGAAAGUGGCUUAUUGAGGCCAAACGUUUGUCUUCACCAAAGGAAGUUGAAGCUUUUUAUUUGGACACAGUCGACAAGGAAAUCUCUAUUUUGGAAAAGGAACUAUCAGGCACACACCAGCAGAUAGGGUUUUGCCACAAUGAUUUACAAUAUGGUAACAUAAUGCUUGAUGAAGAGACCAAUUCUGUGACUAUAAUAGACUAUGAAUAUGCAAGUCACAAUCCUGUAGCGUACGAUAUAGCAAACCACUUCUGUGAGAUGGCUGCGAACUAUCAUACAGAAACACCUCAUAUUCUUGAUUACAGCAAAUAUCCUGACUUUGAGGAGCGUGCAGGAUUUAUUACAGCAUAUUUGAGUUCCUCAGGUGAAGAACCAAGUGAGGGUGAAGUGGAGCACCUACUUCAAGAAGUUGAGAAGUAUACACUUGCAAAUCAUCUAUUCUGGGGACUUUGGGGAAUAAUAUCGGGACAAGUGAACACAAUUGAAUUUGACUACAAGGAGUAUGCCAAACAGAGGUUUCAAGAGUAUUGGGCAAGGAAACCUUAUCUUCUGAGCUCUGAUGCACCUUCUCCCUUUAAUCCCCCUGAGGGUACAGGAGAUCUUGCGUCCGCAGGGCACACCAAAGGACAUCAUUCAUCAAAGAACCCUGGUAUCUUCAGGAAGAUGAAGAGAGUUUUGGGUCUUGGCUUGUUCAGGUCGAAAGGCUAAACCAAGGUUCCUGCCAAAACAUGUCUUAACAUUUUCUUUAAUGUACUAAACAAGUACUAUAUUUUGGUUGUCAUAUUUUUUAUUUGUUCAUUCUUUAAAUUUGUAUCCGAAUGGUUAAUAAUGUACGUGAUUGUAUGAUCAGAAAUCUUAGCCUGGUAAGUUUACAACUUUGCACACACAUUUGAUGAUUAAUAAUCAGCUCAA